CUAGGUUGAAAACACGAUUCGAUGGCGUACUUUCAAAAAUGCUCAAGGUGAAGAAAUACGUGAAUCCAAUGCUCGUAUUGUUCACUGGUCAGAUGGUUCUUUGUCUCUUCAUCUUGGAAGUGAAGUUUUCGACAUUCAUAAGGUCGAUAUUCAGUCUGAUUUUAAUCAUCUAUUCAUCCGUGAGGGUAGUGGUCUUCAAGGUCAGGCAGUAUUUAAAACGAAGCUGACAUUCAGGCAAAUCACCAUGUCUCUAGCCGAUAAGACGGACAAAUCACAAAAGGUCGCACUCCGUAUUCCGUGCUGUCACCAAAUGCUUGGAUCAGUCAUUCCACUUCGGUAG